UCACUUUCUUUUCUGUCGCUGACUGAUUGACUGCAGUUGUGCCGCGAUGGCCUGCAUUAACAUGCAGCUCAGCGCCGACCGGCAGGCCCUGUGCGGCGUGCCGGCCGCGGCGGCGCCGCCUCCGAUGAGCCCCCGCGUCUCCUUCUCCAGCGACUUCGCCGUGGAGCCGCCGCCGCCGGGGGCCGCUGUGCGGCCCCCGCCACCGGAUCCGAACUUCGAGUUCGCGGUCGGCGGCGGCAAUUCCACCAUCGACGCCGACCAGCUCUUCUUCAAAGGCCGGCUGCUGCCGCUCAAGGACAGCAGGCACGGCCAGCGGCCGCGGGCGGUCACCACGCUGAGGGAGGAACUCCUGUCGCCGACCGCUGGAAGCGGCGACUGGCCGGAGAGGCCCUUGAGGGGCUCCGUCAUCAAGUGGAAGGAGCUCCUGGGGCUCAAGAAGCCUCACUGCAGCUUCGCACCCGUGCCGGCCCCGGCAAAGAAGCAGAGCGACAAGAGUGAAGAAGGCCAUCUCAACCCCACACAGGCUUCAUGAGGGCAUGCCCUUGUUCUUGAUGAUAUGCUCCAUGAUUAGUCAAGCUGGGGAAGAAGAAGAUGAUCUGAAUGCAAAAUCCUUUUAUUUUUUCUUCCUUUCUUCUUUCUUUCUUUUUGCGAGUGGAGGGGAAUCGAAGCUGACUAAUUGAAGAGCUUGUGCAGUGUUUGGCUACUUCUUAUUGAUCUACCGUGCCUAGUAAUUAAUUGUACUUUAAUUUCGACCAGGAGAACUGUCCUUUUUUUCCCCUGCUCAUCUCCCUUUCUUCAGAAUUUAUGUACAAAUGUAAUUUGCGUCUUGGAAAUAAUUCAGAUCUGUUCAGAUGA